AUGGCUGAUUCCAUCAACUCAAAUGCCAAUCAAAAUGCAAAUCCAAACUCAAAUAUUUCUGAUCCAUCCCAACCAAACAGCCCCUAUUUUAUUGGUUCCAAUGACAGUUCUGGAGUCCUUCUUGUCACUCAAAUGCUUGAUUCAAGUAACUAUCAUUCUUGGGCACGUUCAAUGAAAAGAGCUCUUCGCAUCAAAAACAAACUUGGGUUUGUUGAUGGAAGCAUUUGUGAACCAUCUGAGGCUGAUAGUCCAUUGAUGAAUCAUUGGCUUCGAUGCAAUGACAUAGUCAUCACUUGGCUGCAAAACACCAUGUCAGUUGACAUUAAGAGCAGCACCCUUUAUGCUGAGACUGCUCAUCAACUGUGGAAGGAACUUGAGCAACGACUUGCACAGCAGAAUGCUCCAAGGAUUUAUGAAGUAAAGCAAGGUAUUGCUACAAUAAUGCAGAACCAAGACACUGUAAGUAUGUAUUACUCUAAGUUAAAAACUCUGCUAGAUGAAUUGAUGAACUAUGAGUCUAUUCCUAACUGCACAUGUGGGGGUUUGAAAACAAUAGUGGAUAACCACGAAAGAGACUGGGUGAUGAAGUUUCUUAUGGGUUUAAAUGACACAUACAAAGCCCUUAAGGCUCAAAUCCUUCUAAUCAAGCCUUUCCCUAGUCUAAAUGAAGUGUACUCCAUAAUACAACAAGAAGAAAAGAGGCGACAGAUUUCUGUUGACACUUCAGUUGGUGACUCCAUGGCUAUGAUAGCAACUGCUAGAGAUGUAGGAAGGCAAAAUAUCACAUCUCAGAGAAAAAAGGUGUUUUAA